ACGUGCAACAGCAACACAAGACGUCAACAUGUCGGGCUCCACACUCUGCAUUGUCCUCCUCGUGGCCGCCGCCCUGGCCGCCGGGGACGUCAGGUACCGCCCCGCCCCCGGCUACGGGGCGCCCGUGCCCAUCCUGAAGGACGGCCGGACCCUCGGCGCCCACGGCGACUACAGCGUCGACUUCGAGGCCGGCAACGGCAUCGUCCGCCAGGAGUCCGGCAGCCAGAGCUACGGGCAGCAGGCGCAGGGGGCCUGGAGGUACACCUCCCCCGAGGGCCAGCAGGUGGACAUCGCCUUCGUGGCCGACCAGGGGGGGUACCAGCCCCAGGGGGCGGUGCUCCCCGUCCCCCCUCCCCUCCCCUACACUCGAUCAGACCACUGAGUUUGCUGCAAGGAAUUUCUCGACACUUGUAGGGCGGAAUAAUGAUUUAUCUGUAAAAGGUUUCUUCACUAUGCUUUUUUGUCUUUAUGAGAUGGUUGCUUCCUAUUAUUUAAUUUUCUUUCCUUUUGACGAGAGAAAAAAAACUAAGCGAAAUAAACUAAAAGAGAAAUGAAAGAGAGACAAGCGUGAGAUCUCAUCGCUAUGUUCCCCGACGCCGCCAAGAACUACUAACCACCUCAGUUCUAUAACAUCACAGAUCAACCUCUUUCAAAGAUCUACCUUACAACCACACUGUAGUUCAAAUAUAUAUAUAUAUAUAU